AUGGUCGCAUCCAAGUUCCUUGCUUUCCUCGCGCUGGCAGCUGCUGCCGUUGCCGCACCCGCCUCUAUCGAGCGUCGCGCCGAGCCUGGACAGGCCAACAUUGACGACGUCAUCCUCAACUACGCUCUUACCCUCGAGCAUCUUGAAAACGCCUUCUACAAGGAGCUGCCGUCUCUCCAAGCCUUCUCCGCUGCUGGUUACGACACCUUUGUCCACGCUCGGUGAGUCUGCCACCUGUGGGCUCUGUGGCGAAACCUCGUCGCUGAAAAUGCUUUCCCAAUCUUUCCCACAGCUUCCUCCAAAUCGGAGGUCACGAGGCUAGCCACGUCAAGUUCCUGAGCCAGGCCCUCGGAGACAAGGCUACCAAGGCUUGCACAUACGACUUGUGAGUUGGAGUGCAUCCGCACUGCUUGACGUGACGCGUGGUGAAGCGUUGUAGACUGAUGUGCCGUCUCCAUCAUCCAAUGUCACAGCGGCGUCAACGGCGAUGUCAACAAAUUCGUCCAGACCAGCGUUGUGCUGGAGGGUGUUGGAGUCAGCGCGUACGCCGGCGCAGCACAGAACAUCACCUCUCCAGCCUACCUCACGGCCGCCGCCACUGUUCUGACUACCGAGGCCCGUCACUCCGCUUGGGCUCAAGCAGCUGCUCGCAAGGGCAGAGCUGACGGUGACCCCGCUGGCGCAGCCUACGACACCCCUCUGACUUCUUUCUCGCAAGUCUACAGCUUGGCCGCCCCCUUCAUCAAGAAGUGCCCCGACAGCAACCCCGCUCUGCCCGUAAAGGCUUUCCCUGCCGCAUCUUGGAGCACCACACCCACCACCGGCGCUACCGUCGGCGUCAAGGGCGACGGUGUCAAGGAUGGCCAGUCCGUCGCCUUCAUCACCGCUGCAGGCACCACCGCCUUGGCCAAGAUUCAGGGCGGAAAGGUGACUGUCCCCGCUGAGGUUCAGGGUGGCCGCACCUACGCCGUCGUCAUCAAGGCCGACGCAAAGGCCGUCAGCGACGACAACACUGUUGCCAUCCUCUCCCCAUUCGACGUUCUCCGCACACCUAAGGAGGCAGCCAACCGCGCCCGUGCCGGCAAGGAGAACUGA